AUGGACAUGGCGACGACCGCACCGCAAAUGGCCAUGAAUCGGGCUUACGUGGUGCCGCAGCAGUUUCAGCAGCCACAGCAGCAGCCUCAGGAGCCCAAGCAGAUUAGCACUGAGCAGAUCCAGGCCAUGCUCGAUGAAAACUCGAGUCUCAUUGUAGAAAUCAUCGAACUUAACACACAGAUCAAGCACGGCAAAGGAACAUCACAGCUUGGAGAAUUAACCGAGAAGUUGGAUAAGAAGCGCAAGAAUCUGAAUAAGAAUCUCAUGACGCUUGCCAACCUCAAGUUGAUCAGCAGCAACAAUAUUCUCGGGCAGGAAUGA